CUGCCGAGUAAGUUCUGAGAAACUGGCAAACGCAACCGCGAAGCUGCCGAAGAAUUUGCCAUGGAAGUAGAACAGAGCGUCGCAGGCUUGCAACCUGCUCUCUCUGUAGAAGGGGUCAUUCAGCUGACGGAUUCUGAGGCCGAUGAGGUUAUCGAUUCGCCGACGAAAAAGCAGAAAGGUGCCUACUCUAUCUCUAACUUCCCGCAUUUGCAUACUAUAGUUACACUUUUCGGAGGUCAGUUUUUUUAUCAACGUGGUGACAAUUAUGUGCUAUCUAUCAAGACGACAGAGUUCCUCUAUCGAUUGGUGUACCAGUCUAAGGGCUUUUUCUUCCCUUCGUAUGCAUCCAUGGAAACAAAUUCGCAGGUGGCGGCGACAAAUUGAGCCUGGAUAUCCCAGAUUUUCCGGACAUGGAAGAGGAAAUGAAAAAAGCAGAGGAACGCAAUAAGAAAGUCACGGCUGCAGUCAUGUCGAAGAAGGCAGCAAAGCCGACGAACGUGAGCAUGAGCAACCCUAAAAAUGAGGCUUGAAGAAAUGACCUAUAGAUACAUAGAUAGUCGCGUAGUAUCUAUGUAUACGCAACAAGCAAGGUAGAAAGUCACAAGCUUCAAUUUAAAUACGAAGCAGCGAAGUGGAAGUCAAUGGCUUUUUUAUAGGAACUUCGGUCUUGUGUAUUACAUGACAUUCAUUCCAUGGUAGACCUGGCGAUCAAUCUAGUCGUUGCUCGGUGGUAUAAUGCUAGGCGUACAUAUACAGCACGGAGAUCGUGCCUUUGAUUUCUACAGCGAAUUCGUUCGAUUUUCAAACUCAAUCAUUGACGUUGCCAUACAGCAUAUGUGUAACGAUUUCAAAUACUUGCGGCGAUUUCUCUCCGGUACAUCCGCUUCUUCAUGCUUGUGCGAGCGAGUUUUUUUAGCUAAAAAUGUAGGUCAAACUGGGCAGCAGAAUGUCAUCGAUCGCCUUUCAAUCGACGAACUCUCAUACUUAUAUUUAUAGGAUAAAUAUUUAUUAUUAAGACAUGGAUGCACUUACUUAAGGUUUUUUUUUGCGGCGAAAGUAAGAUGUCUGAAGUGGGAACCUGUGUAGGAUCUAUGUAUCAUCAAUCUAUCACUCUUCGUUCCAACCAAGGAAAAUUUUAGUGGUAAGCUGCCUGGAUGUAAGUUCAUGCUACAUGCACCCCUGGAGAAUUCUUCCGUGCAAACUCAUAAGUCAAGCAAGUUUCUUCACUUCAAAACCAAUUUUAUUUCAUUGAUUCGCUCUAGAGUAGACGAGAGCCGCGUCUUCGCUUCCCGCCUAUUCUUUUUUACUCCCCAGUAGCCAGUCAGACUGUCUUUUUUGCUAACGUGAGAUUCAUUGAUAGAUAGAAUGAAAGUUUAACUUCCAACUUCUUUGUGCACUAUCUAAAUACCUGAAUGCAUAAAAAAAUGUAAAAAUAAAGAUCUUCAUAGAUUGAGGGAGAAAUAUAAUAAAUAAGCUAUCUUCCUUGCUUCUAGCGAAGUUAAGACAUGAAACCGAAGUUAGGAAAUACAGGACAGCACCAAGACACUGAAUCAUGCGUGUGUAUAUAAAUAUUUAUCAGCACUUUCCUCCGAUGUUGCGCUACCGAAUCACUCGGAAUGGGCGCAGUUUGUUUUCUUGACAGAGAAAGACUCACUUUUCAUCUUGAUAGCUGAAGCAAUCAACCGAGGAGCCGCCAUGUGAUCGAUCCUCUUACAGACCUCACACGUUUCCAUGUCUCUGAAGGCUUUUAC